AUGCGGCUGCUCGCACAACGCUGGAGAUGGCCGACGCCGCCAAACACCGUCACAAAGCACUUCAAGGACCAGCUGAACUGUGACCUUCUUGGCGACAGGACAGCGCUGGAGUUCGGGACCGUAUUGAUGUUGCACAGGCUGCUCCUCCAGAUUGCGCUCGUCGAAGGGGCCCUGCGGGACCGUGCUAUUGGACCUCAUCCACGCAGGGUUGAUAUACCAGUUGACGGCGACGACAAUUUCUAUAACAUUCUCGUGCGCAUGGAGCAGAUGGAGAAGGCCAUCGCCACCCUGUCCUCUUGCUCUGCGACGUGGGAGGCCCUGGACCAUUGCACUGCCGCUCUGUCUGCGCAGGGGGCGUGGUGGCCCUCGCCCUCCGGCGUCUUCCCCACUUGGUUUGACUCCGCCCACCUCGCGCAGAGCAACUCCUUCGACCAUGACAUCGAGCAACUCUCCAUUUUGAUGGCGACUCUUAUGUUGCUGCUCGCGUGCUGCUCGAUGCGGACGGUGCCCCUCGGGAAGCACGUGGAGCUCUUCCUGGCCCUCGGGACGACCGCCCUGGCUCCGGUGAGGACCCUCGUGGGCUACGGUCGGCUCUGCACGGCCAUCGUGCGGAUCCCUCAGGGAUCGACGAUGAUCCUCCAGGCUCAGUGGCUCCGACUGCUGCCCCUCCUGGACAUCUGGCUGCUCGACCUGCCCCUCGUGAUCUCGAACGAGCCCCUGGCCUGCCAGCUGCGUUUGAAGUUCGCUUUGCGUCCCUUCGGAACGGGUGCGGCGACGCCACUCAGAGUCUGUCUGAAGCUGUCGUUCCCUGUGUUCGUGAAUUCGCAGCGGGUCGCCAUACCGAUGCCGAACGUGAUCGAGGCGCUGCGCCGACUCGUAUGUACCCCAUCUGGUGCUCUCGAUUUCUCGUGGCUGAAGGUCCUGGAGGUGGUGGACACCAUGGCCCUCAGCCUCGCCUGCACGGGGACGUUGAGUCUGCUGGUCUUGUGGGCCCUUCUACUAACGAGGGUGCUUCUGAGAGUCCUGCCGCUGCUGAUCACGCUCUCUUUGAGCUUCUUCCGCCAACUGGAGAUGCUGUUGGCGUUCUCUCUUCUCUUCAGCUUCCUGCAGGGCUUCUGCCUCAUGGAGGAGGCGCUGCUGCGGAUCCUGCCGCUGCUGGUCACGCUCUCCCUGUGCAUCCUCCUCCACUCGACGAUGCUGCGGGCAUAUUCGCUGUACUUCAACCCCCUGCCGUGCCUCAGCCUCACGUCGUCGGAGCUGCUGCAGGUCCUGCAGCUGAUGAUCCCGCUCGGCGUGCACAUGAGCCUCCUGCGGGACAUCCUCCUCCACCUGAUGGCGUUGGGCGGCCUCCCCCUGAUGGCGCUGCGCAGCUACUUCCUCAACAAGGGCCUCAUGACGCCGACGCUGAUGACCAAGGGUGCGCUCUCCGUUCAUGCCGACAUCUUGAUCAUGGGCGGCGUCUCCGACUCGAUCACCGCUGACCCCGACUUCACGCCCUUCGACCACGAGCCGGUGGAUGCGUACGGCGACGGCCCCACGUUCGUGGUCCCCGCCGACGCCGCCGGCAGUCCGCACUGCCGCGCCCCUGUCCUCGCCGCGCUGGAGGCCAUGGGCGCGUUCGGCGCCGGGCUCCGACGGCACAGGGCCAUGUUCAGCUCGACGGCCGAGGGCCGCGGCUCCAUGGUCCGCCAGCUCCAGCCCGCGCUGCACCUGGAGGGCCACAGCGAAGUCGUCGGUGCGCUCAAGGGCAAGACGCCCAAUGUGAGGUUGGUGGGCUCCGAUGAGUGGCCCACCCUCAGGGAAGCCGCGGUCCUGCCCUAA